UUUCAUCUGCAGCAGUGUAGUGUUACUCGGGAUGCCUUUAGGAAUAUGGUCCAGAGUUGGGGUGUUGCAGUGCACACUGGGUACAUCUUGGAAACACGUACAUUCCGGGGGACAGGCGUGUACAACACUCAAAGCAGUGACAACACAGAGAAAUGCCUUCCACCGGAUUUCAAACAUGGAGGGUUCGAAGGGCAAGAUCUCUCAGUAAACAUGGGGCUGCCCUAUGUUCUCACGUUUGGAAUCACCUGUUGGGGUUUCCUGCUAUCUUGUGAGGGAUGCGGAAUCACGACUCAUACAGAGAUCGGUCACAGGGCCAUGUUCAACUUUAACAGUACGUCUGAGAAAAUCGACUACAACAAGCUGCUGCUCAAGCACCAAGACGCGUUCCAAGCCGGUAACGUUUAUCCUGACACCUACUACGAUUCACUGUGCAAGAAAGGGAAGUUCCACAGUGUGUCCGAGGACACCCAUUGGUCGGAGUUCCUGAACGUCACCAUCACCCACAUCCGCCAGAAAUACCCCCAGCCAUGGAAUGAGGCUACCGAGAAACUGGUGGUGUUCUUGUUGGGGGUAGUGUCGCACCAAGUCGCAGACAUCUCGUGGCACAGCCUGGGGAUAGACCAAGGUUUCCUCAGUACCAUGGGUGACGUCAACUUCCACGGAUCCUUCAGCAAUGCCCAUACUGUGGGGGACCCUGGAGGUGAUGUUGUUGGAGUAUUUGAGUGGGACUUGGCUUACAUCCACACCAUUUCGGAGUGGUAUAUUCCGGUCCAGGACCUUGUGGACAUCUACAGAGAGUUUUACGGAAAAUCCAUUAUGGAUGCGUCUACUGUUGAAGAGUGCACGGCCCUAAUGUUUCUCGGAAGAAUUGGGGAGAGGCUCCUGUUCUCAAAGGCGUUUCCUGAGCUCUCUAGAACCUCUCCGUUCCUGAUUGAAGAGUUCCAGACGUACUUCCUGGGCGGGGUGGAUGACAUGGCUGUGUGGACUGCAAACAUCUGGAACAACGCCAUCUAUAUGCUGGACCAUGGGAUGAGUGCGUGUUCGGUGCCCCACAACCCACUUUACAUCAGAUGCAAUGCCGAUCACAUUCCAGUUCCUCAGAAUGACAGAGAGAAAAACGGUUUCUACUUGCGUCCCAAUAUUGGUGAUCUCACUCUUGCUGACGUCACAAUAAGGAGAACGGACAGAGGUGUCUACCUCCGACCUGGGCGAAAGCUAAAGGACAGGCUGUUAUCAUUUGAAAAGUCAUCACUUUUAAAUCACAAAGGAGGAUUCCAUGGCAAUGCCAUUAACGAUGACGGUCUGACUUCGCCAGAUGCCACAUAUACAAGUAGCAUGCCGUAUGCCCGACUUGGCUGGUCCCUAGCAUCCGGGGAUCUGGAUGGAGACGGUCAGCCUGACCUGGUCAUUGGUGCUCCUGGAUACGGUUCCCCUGGCAACCAACAACAUGGCGCUGUUUACGUCAUCUACUCUACAAGAGACGGCCAGCUACCGACCAGGGACCUCGAUGUUGACAAAGAAGCCAAUAUUGUUUUAUAUGGCAAAGAGCCCAAUGGUCGCUUUGGCUCAGCAGUCGCCGUGGUGGACCUGAACAAGGAUGGCGUCAAUGACCUCGCGGUCAGCGCACCUUCAGUCGGAUCACCCUUCCUGAACUACACGGGAGAAGUCUAUGUGUAUCUUGGACCUCUGAAGGCGGGUUUUUCUUCCCAAGAACCAAGUAUUCGUCUGACGUGCAAGGAAAUCUAUUGUAACCUUGGCUGGACGCUGUCCGGGGAGGACAUGAACCAGGACGGCGCCGCGGACCUGCUGAUCGGGUCUCCGUACGCCCCGGCAGGCGGGCACCAGCGCGGAUUCGUAGGUCUGCUGUACGCCAAACACAGCCUCAAAGAGUCAAAGGUCCCAUUAACCGCAGAGAAUCUUGACUGGAGAGUGAACGGCACACAGGAUUAUGAAUGGUUUGGGAUGCGUGUACUUGGGCUGCACCGGGAAGGCAUACCAUCACAAGUUCUGGUUAGCUCUCCGACAUGGCGGCAGUGUGCAAGAAAGAACUGCUCGUAUUCUGAGAACGACACCCAGAGCGUCGGACGGGUCUCGGUGUACGCCCCGCCAUCUUCAGUUCCUCACGAGAAGUCAGUAGACGGGACGUCAGAGUUCGGGAAGUUUGGACAGGCAGUUGCCACAGAAUCGCCUUCUAAAACCAACACGAAUCUGAACAUUGCAUACGGGUCACCUACAGCAGGAGUGACUGAAAAGUCUAAAGACGGACGAGGCUCCGUUAUGCUGGUAAAUGCCCAAACAGGGGAAAGGGUCAAACGUCUUUGCGGAGAUCGGGACUACUCUCGAUAUGGUUGGGACGUGGCUUUUGCUGACGUAGACAUGGACGGGAAAGACGAAUUUCUUGUCAGUGCGCCACUAAGAACAGACGAUCCCACGGAGGAGCUGUACGGAGGGGAGGAGGGCCGUGUAUACAUAUAUGACGGAGGGAUGGAUUCUUAUCAAACCAUGGAUGACUCUUGUCAGCAGGCCCAGACCCUCGCCACUCUCGGAACAGAAGAGGCGAAGUCACAUUUCGGCAGUGCCCUAGCGGCGUUACGGUAUCACGACAAGGCAAACGUCGUUGUGUCUGCUGUCCGCAGCUCCAAGGCCGCCAGACUAGCUGGAGCUGUUCACGUCUUUACCUUUACUAAAACAGGCAGUCGUUUGCAUUGAUGUUUAGUUUGACAUGUCACCAGUAUUUUAAGGCCAAUGUCUCCCAUCUCAUUUCAAGCUGUUGCUAUCUGAACAAUCCAGAUAUAAUGCAGUUAAAAGAUAACGUUAUGUGACAAAAGUUGAACCUUACAGGUUUAGAAUUAUAGGUUGUUUUCAAUAUGCCAAAGGUACAGCUUUCAUUGUGAAAUAAACGUUACAAUGGCAAAACCUGAGUUGUUACAUUGACAGUGUAAUAAAGAUACCAGUGCAAAUACAA